AUGAAUCCGGACGAAUUUCAAGACUUUUCUUCGCCGGAAUUCUUUAACUGGCUUGAUGCCAUGUCCUCGAACAAAGCGAACAUCGAUCCGCGAACCUACGAAAUCCAUCAAACUGCAUGGACCCGAUUCCCGCGAUGGAAUUCUAGGCUUGUUCCUAAAAACCUCGUGCGACUGGGCACAAGAAACAUUGGUGUUUUUGUUCAAAACUGGGUCCGCAACACGACAUACAUCGCUGAGACAGAGGGGUUUGACCCAGUUACCAUCGAGGACGUUGGCGACUUUGAAGGAACUGACGAGACUAUGUCGGAUUCAGGCGAAUUGGAUGAACUGAGAAAUCAGUUCCCUCUCCAGCUGGAGGCUGUGCCUCCAUACCCUAAGCAGUCUGACUCCCCCUGCAAUGGAAGUCUGUUCGAGACGCAUAUGCAGAUAUACAGACAAGACGAUUAUUGUCGUCUGUCUGAAUGGAGUUCGGGUCGAACAAUGGACAGCGAGCCCCUUUUAUCGCAGCAUCGACGAAACUCUGGGACGAGGAGACAUUCUGCAUUGUCGUCCAAGUCACCCACAAAGCCUUUGACAGGCUCUGAAAAAGAGUCUAAUAUCGGAAAUGUGAUUGCAGGCAAGUUCCGACAGGCUUUUGUCCAGGGCAUGGAGGCUUACCAGGGCUUCAUCCAGAGUCGGAUCAGGAGAUGA